CUGAUUUCCUCCCCUUUCUGCAGGCAUGAAGUUCCAGUGUGUUUCCCUCUGGCUCCUGGGUAUAAUGCUAAUCUUGUGCUUCGUGGACAGCCAUAGUCUCAGGAAAUGUCUGAUUUCCACAGACAUGCAUCAUAUAGAAGAGAGUUUCCAAGAAAUCAAAAGAGCCAUCCAAGCUAAGGACACCUUCCCAAAUGUCACUAUCUUGUCCACAUUGGAGACUCUGCAGAGCAUUAAGCCCUUAGAUGUGUGCUGCGUGACCAAGAAUCUCCUGGCAUUCUAUGUGGACAGGGUGUUCAAGGAUCAUCAAGAGCCACACCCCCAAAUCUUGAGAAAAAUCAGCAGCAUUGCCAACUCUUUCCUCUACAUGCAGAAAACCUUGCGGCAAUGUCAGGAGCAGAGGCAGUGUCACUGCAGGCAGGAAGCCACCAAUGUCACUAGAGUCAUCCAUGACAACUAUGAUCAGCUGGAGGUCCGCUCUGCUGCCAUUAAGUCCCUGGGAGAGCUCGAUGUCUUUCUAGCCUGGAUUGACAAAAAUCAUGAAGUAACAUCCUCAGCUUGAUGACAAGGAGCCUGUGUAGUGAUGAGGGAUGAACAGCCCCGUGCAGUUUGCUGUGGGAGACAGCCCACCUUGAAGGGGAAGGAGUUGGGGAAGGCACCUACGUUUAUUCAAAUGAGAAAUCUCCCUACGAAUUUGGAAUUCUCUUCUCUGGGGUUGGGGAGAACCUGGGUUUGGGCCGAUCUCGCCUUGCAGUUGAAAGUCCCAUUGGCUGGCCUCAGGCUGUCUGAUCCCACUUGAAAAUAGCCAAAAAGUCUACUGUGGUAUUUAUAAUAAACUCCAUCUGCUGAAAGAGCCUGCAGGCCAUCCCGGGAGAAAGGACCGCCCCGUCUCUAAUUUAUUGUGAAGUCAUAUAGUCCAUGUCUGUGAUGUGAGCCGAGUGAUAUCUUGUAGUACACAUUGUACUGACUGGUUUUUCUGAAUAAAGUCCACAUUUUACCUAUGA